CGUCUUGUCAAAUGUGAACUGUCAAAAUUUUAUUUAUAAAUAAAAUGGAUAAUAAUUAGUACAAUAUAAAACAAGUUAAGCCCAAGUUAGUAUUUUAGACAUAAUGGAAUUACAAACAGAUAAAAAAACCAUUCAGCAUUCCAUACCAUUAGAUAUUUUAGACGAUUUGAGUAGUCGUUUUAUAAUAAACGUACCAGAAGAAGAACGCCAAGAUUUAGUUCGUAUAUGUUUCCAAAUUGAAUUAGCACAUUGGUUUUAUUUAGAUUUUUAUUGUACAGAAGAAAAUGCAGGAAUAUUGAAAUCAUGUGGUAUGAAAGAAUUUGCUGCACAUAUAUUUCAGCAUAUCCCUUUUUUACGACCUCAUGCGUCACGAGUUGAUGGAAUUCUAGAAGAAUGGCGUGAAUAUAAACAAUCAGUACCAACUUAUGGUGCAAUUUUACUCUCUGAUGAUAUGUCACAUGUUUUAUUAGUACAAAGUUUUUGGGCAAAAAGUUCUUGGGGAUUUCCAAAAGGGAAGGUGAAUCAAGACGAAGAUCCUUGUCAUUGUGCUGUUAGAGAAGUUUUAGAAGAAACCGGAUUUGAUAUAACUGAUUUGAUAGAUAAAAAUGAAUACAUUGAAUCAGUUAUUAAUGACCAAUUAGUUAGACUGUAUAUUGUUUGUGGUAUAAGUAAAGGUACCAAAUUUCAACCUCGAACACGUAAUGAAAUCAAGAGUUGUGAAUGGUUUUCGUUAUCUGAUUUACCAUCCAAUAAAAAAGACCAUACACCUAAAUUAAAAAUUGGAGUGAGUGCAAAUGCCUUUUUUAUGGUGCUGCCAUUUGUUAAAAGACUUAAACGAUGGGUUUUUGAGAAAACUCAAAAAGGUUGUCAACAAAAUCGAAGACAGCGAAACAAAUCAACUGGUGAUGUAGAUUCCAUUUCCAAAUCUAAAACAAACAAACAAUUAUUUCAACAGGGAUUAAUGGCUGAAAUUCAAGCGUUUGAAGAAUUUAAAUUAAAAAAUACACAUUUGCCACGUACAAAACGUAACGAAAAAAAACCAAAUUUUAAACGACAAUUAUUCAAUGGAACUGAAAAUAAAAAAAUUGUUAAACCGCCAAUUGAUGAGACUGUUAUUGAAGAAUUUACUGCACCUUCAUGGUUAAAUUUUAGAUUUAACAAAAAAGCAUUAAUUGAAUGCUAUCCUUAAUUUUAUAUAAAAUGGCAAAAAAUAUUGAUUUCAUUUUACAAUUAAACAAUUUAUUUUAAAAAUAAUUGACAUGAAACUCGAAAAAUAGUUAAAAACUACAUAUUUCAACGCACAGAGGCAUCAAUUUUUAUUGAUUCGAAUAUUUCUACAUAUUGAGGUAUUUCCAGCAUGGUGACUACUGUAAAACUUACUUUUCGGCAGAAUUUAAUGAAUUUUUUUCACAGACUAAGAAUAGAGCGUACUAUUUAAUCUCAAAGUUUCAGAAAUUUUGACCGCUUAGAAUGCGAGAAAGUUAAUGCCAAAGUUCCCAAUUUUAAUCAAUGAAAUUGAUU